AUGGCAAAAAAAUGGCAGAGAAUGGCUUUAAAUGGAAGCAAAAGAAUUUCUUUUCCAGCAAAAAUCGACGAUGAACGAAGAGAAGUUGUUAUUGCUGACAAGGGGAAUUUCGUUGUCUACAGCAUCGACAAAAGGCGGUUUCAAAUACCCUUGAAGUAUCUUGAGUGUAACAUUCUCAAGGAGAUGCUCAAGAUUUCAGAAGAUGAGUUUGGAUUGCCCGGAGAUGGCCCCAUCGUGUUGCCGUGGGAUGCAGCUUCGGUCAAUCUCACAAUCAACCUCAUAAGUAGAAAUAAUGCGAUUAAUAAAGAAAUAGUACUUGACCGAUCGAUACUCUUGUUGUGUUGCUCUUCGUCUCGUGCAAAUGAACCUAGACUUGUAAGACAAUUAGAACAAGGAGUGCUUGUUGUUUGUGCUUAG